AACCAUUACAAAAAUCCAGAUAUUAAGAGUUUCUGGAUUGAUAUUGAAAAACAACAGCUGGAAAAAAAGGAUGCUUUGCAAACGACACAGGUGAUGAUGAAGGACUUGGCUGAUGAAACAGUCUUGGAAAAUCGAGAAAUGAGUACUACAAAGAGGACGCAUCAAGAAGAAUCGAGCACUGUAAGAUCUACAAAAAAGGCUCGAGAGGAUAAGUCAGAAGAGGAGAUCGAAAACGGUAAAUAUCCUUCACGUGUCGUCACCCCUCCUCCUAUUACGCAGGCUCAGCCACGAACUCCUGAACACCAAAUCUUUCUGUCAGAACAAAAACAAGCAGGUUGUGAAUCGGGAGAGAGUGAUUCAGAAGUGAUUGAAGUAGAUGAAGAAAAAGAAAUCAAGAAUCUUACAAAGGACGAGAUGGACAUCCAUUUGUCCGAUGUAGAGAUACGCAGAAAAAUCGAAAAAUCCUUGAAUGAAGAUCAGCUUGCAUGGUUUAACAAGAUUCUUAUAAAACAAACUUCGAGUCAAACUGACGAGUUCGAAAAAUAUUUGAAUCAGUUUAAUGAAAAUGUAUGUAAUAGAGUCCAAAUCCGACUCUGGUUCGCAAAUCUUUCGUUUCGGGAAGAUUUGAUUCCUAUUGUUAUGAAGACUACGACAUCGCUCACCAAUGCCACACGAUUAGAAGCUCAUAUUAGCUACGAAUCCAAAAGUUUCAAUCUAGAACGAACAUUCGCAAUAGACACUGUAAUAUAUAUUUUAAAUCGUUUAUUUAAGUUGCAUCAAGAUGUUUUAGACAGUGGGAUUGAAUUGACUACUCCUCACACAAAACAUCACAAAUUUGAUGGAUUAUUUAAAGUGAUAAGAACAAAACCAAAGAAUCAAGUUAUAAUUGUCGUUGAAUUUUCAAGUGGCAGAAAAGCGUCAUCCACUAAAGAACGUAAUGACCAUGUUAAAUUAUGUCGAAAUGCGAUGAGAAUUUUAAAUGCCGUACUACAAACCAUUCCCAGGGAAAAGGCGCGAAUUUACUUGAUACAAUUUGUUAACAGCUAUCUUAAGAUUGAACAUUUGAUCCGUCCCUUACCAUCAGUGUAUCUUCUUGACCGUUUUAUAUGCACCAAAGUACCCGAGACCUUUGGCGACUUCGAAAAGUUUGCCAAGGAUAUGGUGGAACUAAUGAAUUGGCAGGCGGAUGUCUUAUUCACGGUCAAGGAAAUCAAUAAAAUUCCUCACACGGCUGGAAACAAUAAUGUCUGCACAACUCCAUUGGAAGAUACACCAAAAAAAGAUAAAAAGUAA